CUCUCUCGAACUACAGGGUUUCCAUCUCCGAAACCACCCUCUUCAUCUUUACCCCUUAGGGUUUCAAUUUCAUCAUCCCAAUAAUGUACAUAAAGGACAUCUGCUUGGAGGGCUUCAAAUCCUACGCCACUCGCACGGUCGUCCCUGGCUUCGAUCCCUACUUCAAUGCCAUCACGGGCCUUAAUGGUUCCGAGUCCAACAUUCUUGAAUCCAUUUGCUUUGUGUUGGGAUUACCAAUUUGCAGCAGGUCCGCUUCCAAUCUCCAGGAGCUGGUCCAUAAGCAAGGCCAAGCUGGGGUUACUAAGGCCACCGUGUCGGUGGUGUUCGAUAAUUCUGAUAGGAGUCGGAGUCCGCUCGGCUACCAGGAUUGUCCAGAUAUUACGGUAACACGGCAGAUUGUGGUUGGUGGAAGGAACAAAUACCUGAUAAAUGGACACCUUGCCCAGCCUAGUCGAGUUCAAAAUCUUUUCUACUCUGUACAGCUCAAUGUUAACAACCCACAUUUUCUCAUAAUGCAAGGGCGCAUCACCAAGGUCUUAAACAUGAAACCUCCUGAGAUAUUAUCUAUCCUUGAAGAGGUUGCUGGGACAAGAAUGUAUGACACAAAGAAAGAGGCUGCUCUGAAAACACUUGAGAAGAAGCAGAGCAAAGUUGAUGAGAUUGAUAAGCUUCUUGACCAGGAGAUAUUGCCUGCUUUGGAGAAGUUGAGGAAAGAAUGGAUGCAGGAUAUGCAAUGGGCUAAUGGCAAUGCAGAAUUACAUCAACUUAAAAGGUUCUGCAUUGCCUAUGAAUUUGUUCAAGCAGAGAAGAUUAGGGACAGUGCAGUCUCUGGGGUUGAACAAGUAAAGAUGAAGCUUGCUGAUAUUGAAGACGGUCACAAAAGGAUGCCGGUGGAAAUACAGGAAAUGGAGACACAAGUGUCAAACUUGACUGCUGAAAAGGAGGCAAGUAUGGGUGGAGAGGUAAAAGUUUUAUCAGAGAAUGUAGAUGCUCUUUCUCGUGAGCUUGUGAAGCAAGCAUCAGUACUGAAAAAUCAAGAAGACACUCUCAGGAGUGAAAAAGAGAAUGCUGAAAAGGUAACUGGAAGGUUUGAAGAUUUAAAAGUCUGUUGAAGAGAGGCCUCUGCUGUCAAAAGGGCUGAAAAUGGGGCAGCUGAUCUAAAACAAAGAGCUGAGGGACUUUCUAAGAAUUUGGAAGAGUGUGAAAAAGAAUAUGUUGUACAUACCAUGAUACUAGCUGGUAAGAGCAGUGGAAGUGAGGAAAAAUGCCUUGAAGAUCAACUAGCUGAUGCACAAGUAACAGUUAGAAGUGCAGAAACAGAAUUGAAACAACUCAACACAAAAAUAACUCAUUGUGAAAAAGAGCUGAAAGAGAAAACAAAUGAGUUAAUAGCUAAGUGUGAAGAAGCUGUUUCUGUUGAGAAUGAGCUUAAUGUGAGGAGAAAGGAUGUGGAAAAUAUCAAAAUGGCAUUGGAAUCUCUUACAUACAAAGAAGGUCAGAUGGAAGCAUCACAAAAGGAACGUGCUCUUGAGCUGGACGUGGUGCAGAAGUUAAAAGAUGAGACAAGGAUUGUUUCUGCUCAACUGAGAAAUGUUCAGUUUACAUACCGUGACCCAGUGAAGAAUUUUGAUAGGUCAAGGGUGAAAGGUGGUGCAAAACUAAUCAAAGUGAAGGAUAGCUCCACAAUGACUGCCUUAUAGGUUGGGAAUGCAUGAUAGGAUAUAAUUGGUUUGCUUUCAAGGGCUUAAUUCAUUUGCCAAUAUUUAUGACUACAAAAUAACAUAUGCAUUCUUAUGCUGAGUUCACUUACGGGUUGCUGGUGGGAAGUUGUUUAAUGUUGUUGUAGACACAGAAAAUACUGGAAAACUACUGCUUCAAAAUGGUGAUCUCCGGAGAAGAGUAAUGAUCAUACUGUUGAACAAAAUUCAAUCCCAUACUGUUCCUUUAAGAGUUCAAAAUGCAGCUUCCAGAUUGGUUGGUAAGGAGAAUGCAGAACUUGCUCUUUCUUUGGUUGGAUAUGAUGAGGAACUAAAGUUAUCCUAACCAAUCAUCUGUAGCCUGUAUGAGGGAGUUCACUGAUGGCCCACUUCCAUCAUUCGAAGAUGUAGCUAUGGCAAGGGUGUCAGUUUCUGAUUUGAGAUAUUGUUACGCUCGAAGAGGGCUCUCAACUUCGUUUAGCAUUGUUGGUUUUGCCAUUUUAACCAACUUGAUGAUAACAAUAGACUACUUUCUUGACAUCGCUAGCUCUGCGAGAUGUCUCAAGUUGUAGCUCAAAAGACUCAUGUUCGGAGAUCUUACUACCAGUGGUUGUUACUUGGCUUGCUUCCUUUAACCGUUUGCAUGGGCAAAACUGAAACCUGAUGCAGUUUUCCGGUCUACAUAUGGCUGUUUUAUCUCCAACUUCUCACUUGCUGAUGCCAAUAAUAACAACAGUGUCAUGACUUCAAUCAUUUCCAGUUCUAGCAAAGACUUUAUUCUGAAAUCUCGUCUGAAAUUAUGAAGUAUUGAUGCUCUGGAACCCAUGACUAACAAACACAGCUUCAACUUGUGUUGCCUGUCACUUCCCUUUUUUCCUCUGUUUUCUCAAUACUUGUUUUUCUAUUUUCUUUUCCACUUUAUAGAACUGAAGAUGAUAGUUUUGCAUGUAUCGACUUAAGAGGAACAUCAAUCUCAAUUAAUGUGAUUUUAAGAAUUGACUCC